AUGGCUCCCCGGGGUAGUGCCUCGUCCGUGUUUACCGAAUUUGAAUCAAAUGGCUGGCCUGCCACUGGAUUAGCUUGUCUCGUCGGUUUGAAUGGACCUUUGCCCUACCUGACUGGUGCAGAUUCGAGCGUACACUUGGCAGAAGAGCUGAAGGACUCGGCUUGGAGACUACCACGAUCUAUGCUGGUCGUUGCAAUCUCUAAUUACAUCACCGCUUUCAUUAUAGUUGUCACUUUGAUGUUCUGCCUCGGCGAUAUUGACGCCGCUAUCAAGUCUUCGACGGGUCAGCCAUACAUCGAGGUCAUACUGAACGCCACGCACUCUGUUGCUGCCGCAAAAAUACUUGCGACUGUCAUCUUGAUAAUGGUCUUGUCGUGCUCUGUCAACGGCGUCACGACAACAUCAAGGCAACUCUGGUCGUUCGCUCGGGAUGGUGGCCUUCCGUUUAGCCCUUGGCUCUCGAAGGUGCACCCUAAGUUGGACGUCCCAGUCAAUGCAAUGGCAGUCUCGAUGGUAUUUACCAUCUGUCUCACCGCUAUUGCAAUUGGGAGCGAGGUAGCUUAUGGAAUAUUUGUAUCCCUGAACGCCUCAGGCCUACUUACAAGCUACAUCAUUUGCAUCACAUGUGUCCUCUCAAGGCGACUGAGCGGCGCAUCACUCCCACCUUCUCGCUUCAACCUUGGCAAAGCCGGCAAUGCAGUCAACAUCAUUGCCCUUUGCUUUCUCUCCGUAUUCUUUGUGUUCCAAUUCUUCCCAGCCGCUCCGGGUCCGGCGCCGGCCGAGAUGAACUGGAGCUGCGUGAUAUGGAUAAGCGUUCUUAUAUUCUUCAUGACGUAUUACGCGUUUAUUGGACGGCACAACUACGUGGGACCCGUCGCUUCAAUGUCCGGCUUCGCACGACUGGGCUUGUCCGAGAUGACUGUCGACACUGAGACUGCAAUGAACCUGCUGAGCGAGGAUGCAGCAUGGCUGCUACUCCAAGUCGUCGGUGUUGCCGCCGUCGUCUUUAUUUUGGUACAAAAGAUGAUAGCCCAGUACCCAUCGUUAUCCUCCCGUCUUAAAUCAUCUUCUUGGAAGCAUACAAUCUCUGCUGAACAAAAGGAGCUUUCAACACCAUCAAAAUGUCUCGACAUCAAGGCGAAUAAACCCCCACAAGACAGCUUGGAUUGGGCAUCAAUGGGCGAGAUAACUCCCUUGCCUGACUUGAAUUACCAACGAGUCGAGCCGCUGCGCGUCUACAAAUUCAGUCUUCGCAAGACCGAUGUCGACCAUAUCAUCCAGAUCGACAAGCUUUAUCCGUCCCGAAUACAAGCCAGAAAGGAUAUCAUCCAACAAUAUCCUGGCGCCCUCGCCUGUCUUGAUUCUGGCGUCUCAAUGCUGAAUGAGCUUUACGAAUUCCUCGUCCAGUGCUAUCUACCCCAGCGGUACCCCACCAUGUUCAAGUUAUCUGCUGCCCAGGAUACUCUUCAAAAUCUAGUCACUGACGAGGUGGUGCUAUGCGAUGCUCCUGCGGACCGCUUUGAGACUCUUCGUAUCCUCAACCGUACUGUAGAUGAGGAUUUUCUAUUGCUGGCGCCGUCAACCGACGGCAGCUGCUACAGCCUCCAAUCAUUUGUAUGGGCCGUGAGUGAAUACCUCAAUCCUUUCCGCACUAAAUAG